AUGCGCAUCUUCAGUGUCUUUUCUCUGCUUUUCGUUGCGUUGCUCUCAGGCUUCGGCCUGGUCGCCGCCACCAACAAUGGCAACACCACCGCCGUAACCUGGGAUCCGUACAGCCUGUCCGUGAACGGCGAGCGGGUGUAUAUCUUCUCAGGCGAAUUCCACUAUAUGCGCCUCCCCGUGCCGGAGAUGUGGCUGGAUGUGUUCCAGAAACUGCGCGCGAACGGGUUCAAUGCUGUCUCCAUCUACUUCUUCUGGAGCUACCACUCCGCUUCAGAAGGCACAUUCGACUUCGAAACAGGCGCCCACGACAUCCAACGUGUCUUCGACUACGCCAAACAGGCUGGUCUGUACGUGAUCGCCCGCGCAGGGCCCUACUGCAACGGCGAGACCUCGGCUGGCGGGUUCGCGCUGUGGGCUGCGAACGGGCAGAUGGGCGCAGAGCGCACGAGCGCUGAAUCGUACUAUACGCGCUGGCAACCGUGGAUUCUCAAUGUCGGCCGGAUCAUCGCCAAAAACCAGAUUACGAAUGGCGGGCCUGUUAUUCUCGUUCAGCAUGAGAAUGAACUGCAGGAGACGGAUCACAGUCCCACUAAUACUCUCGUUGAGUAUAUGGAACAGAUCUCCGCUGUUUUUACUGAAGCCGGGGUGGUUGUCCCAAGUACCCAUAAUGAGAAGGGCAUGCGCUCCGAAAGCUGGUCAACAGACUAUGAAGAUGUUGGCGGCGCGGUGAAUGUCUACGGUUUGGAUUCUUAUCCCGGCGGAUUAUCCUGCACGAAUCCAGACUCGGGAUUCAAUCUCGUGCGCACCUACUACCAAUGGUUCCAGAACUACUCCUACACGCAGCCGGAGUACCUUCCCGAGUUCGAGGGCGGCUAUUUCCAGCCCUGGGGCGGGUAUUUCUACGACCAGUGCGCCGCAGAGCAGUCCCCCGAGUUCGCGGACGUAUAUUACAAGAAUAACGUCGGCUCUCGCGUGACACUGCAGAGCCUCUACAUGGCUUUCGGUGGCACGAACUGGGGACACAGUGGCGCCCCCGUCGUGUAUACAUCGUACGACUACGAUGCGCCAUUGCGUGAGACUCGCGAGAUUCGUGAUAAGUUGAAACAGACGAAGUUGCUGGGCCUUUUCACCAGAGUUUCGGGUGGCUUGCUGCACACGGAGAUGGAGGGGAAUGGCACGGGGUAUACUAAUGACAGUAGUAUUUUUACGUGGGCCCUGAGGAAUCCGAGCACGGACGCUGGGUUCUAUGUUCUUGCGCAUGACUCGAGUCCGUCUCGCGAUGUGACGGACUUUUCGUUGAAUGUCAAUACUACAGCUGGUGCUCUCACCAUUCCGGAUAUCCAACUAGAUGGCCGCCAGAGCAAGAUCAUCGUCACGGACUACCAGAUCGGAAAGCAGUCCAGCCUGCUGUACUCAUCCGCCGAGGUUCUGACCUACGCCACUCUUGAUGUGGACGUGAUUGUAUUUUACCUGAACAUCGGCCAGAAAGGCCACUUCGCCUUUAAAGAUGCACCGGCCCAUCUGACCUACCAGACCUACGGCAACUCACAGGUCAGCUCCGCCAAGGCGAGUUAUGGGACCCAGUACUCGUAUACCCAGGGACAGGGCGCGACAGCUCUCAAAUUCUCUAAUGGUGUGCUCGUCUACCUGCUUGACAAGGAGACGGCUUGGAAUUUCUUUGCCGUUCCCACGACAUCAAACCCCAAUGUGGCUCCGCAUGAGCAGAUCCUUGCCCUAGGUCCGUACUUGGUUCGUGAAACUACGGUCAAAGGGGAUACCGUUAGUCUUGUUGGCGAUAACGCCAACACUACUUCCCUUGAGGUAUAUGUCGGGUCUUCCAAGGUCCGAGCAGUCAAAUGGAACGGAAAGAAAAUCACCACCAAGCGGACAGCCUACGGCAGUCUGAUUGGGAUAGCCCCAGGAGCUGAAGAUACAAAGAUCUCGCUCCCUGCCCUAGGGCCGUGGAAGGCUCAAAACACCAUCCCCGAGAUCCAGCCCGACUACGACGACUCACGUUGGACAGUCUGCAACAAAUCGAGCACCGUCAAUGCCAUCGCGCCGCUCUCGCUUCCAGUGCUCUACUCCGGCGACUACGGCUACCACGCCGGCUCAAAGCUCUACCGGGGCCGAUUCGACGGCCACACUGCCACAAGCGCCAACAUCACCGUCCAAAGCGGCGCCAGCGCCGGCUGGGCCGCCUGGCUGAAUGGAGCAUACGUCGGCGGUGCUCUGGGCAACCCCGAUCUGGCCGCGACCUCCGCUCUGCUGCCAUUUAAUGGCUCCACGCUGCGCGACACUGACAAUGUCCUGACCAUCCUCAUGGACUACACAGGCCACGACGAAGACAACGUCAAGCCCGCCGGCACACAAAACCCGCGCGGCAUCCUCGGCGCCACGCUGUCCGACGGGAACUUCACCUCCUGGCGCAUCCAGGGCAACGCGGGCGGCGAGGCGAACAUCGACCCAGUGCGCGGUCCCAUGAACGAGGGCGGGCUGUACGGCGAGCGAAUGGGCUGGCAUCUACCAGGCUACGAGGCGCCGCGCUCGUCUCCCACGUCCAGUCCCCUCGAGGGUGUCGCCGGCGGUGCGGGCACCUUCUACACGACGACCUUCCGCCUGGACCUGGCCGAAGACCUGGACGUGCCCAUCGGCCUCCAGCUCGGCGCGCCCAACGGUACCGCGGCUGUGGUGCAGGUCUUCAUGAACGGGUACAUGUUCGCGCACUACCUGCCCCAUCUGGGGCCUCAGACGCUCUUCCCCUUCCCACCGGGCGUGAUCAAUAACCGCGGCGAGAAUUCCCUCGCCCUGAGCAUGUGGGCGUUGACUGAUCAGGGUGCCAGCUUGGAUCAGGUGCAGCUCACGGCAUACGGGGUUUAUCGUACCGGCUUCGAGUUUAGUCGCGAUUGGUCGUAUUUGCAGCCCCGAUGGAAGGACAAUCGUAGCCAGUAUGCUAUCGACCUCGACUCCCCCGGCCGGCCAUUCGACAAUAUCAUUAACUUCCGCGAUGUCGGCCGCUCGGUUAACGAGUUCUGCGGGAAGCAAGUUCUAGCCGAGGGCAUUCUCUUCCGCAGUGCCAGGCUUGACGAUGCCUCCGAACGAGAUAAGCGUCGCCUUGCGGAUGAACUGCAUAUCUCGACCGUGAUUGAUCUGCGCUCAAGAACCGAGCAUGAAAUGGCGAGUCGCAAACGCCGCUCGGAAAAUGAGUCCAACCACUUUCGAGAGCCAUCCACGCCGCAAACCCAGAGCCCCGUUGAUGCCCAGGAACAUCUUCUGCUCAUUCCUGGGUGCCGGCGCGCUCUAAUCAGUCUUACAGGCAAGGGAUUCGAGCGGGCUCUGUUGUGGAAGCUGGAUUGGUAUAAUUACGUAAAAGUUAUCGCCCUAGCAUCAACGGGCUACCGCGAGACCGCAAUCAAGCUCGUCGGCGAGCAAGUCAUGCAGCCGCGCGGUCUGACCGGCCUAGCCCAGGACACGUUAGAGGCCAGCACCGCCGAGCUGCGAAGCGUAUUCGAGCUUCUCGCUUCUGACCAGACGUACCCGGUUCUCGUGCACUGCACGCAGGGCAAGGACCGCACGGGGCUGGUCGUGCUGCUGAUGCUGCUCCUCGUCGGGGAGACCGUUUCCCCCGCUGCGAUGGCGGACGACUAUACCCGGUCGGAGCCCGAGCUCGCGACUGAGUUUGAUGAGCGCAUUCGUGAGAUUCGCGCCCUUGGUCUUGAUGCGGAGUAUACGCGCUGUCCGCCUGGCUUUGUCGACGCGACUACGCAGUACCUUGAUCGGCGAUAUGGGGGCGUGCGGCAAUAUCUUACGGGCAUCGGGAUUGAUGCUGACAUGCAGGAGCGGAUUCGGCGCAAGCUCAUCUUUGGUGGGAUAUAG